AUGCUUCGCGGUUGCCGGCACGACUUUACGCAUUGGGGACGGCGCUUCAUCUCCAUCGGCGGGAGACGCACACGGGGCGGGUUCAGCCAGCCUCUUGGGAAGCAACCGCAGGUCAAGCAGGGCAUGACAGAAGGCGUCCCGCGACGCAUACCAGGAACCACAAAGGUCACGUACACAAAUAAGAAGGGGCGCACAUUCACUUUUUCAGUUCCGGUGGCAGAGCUAACGCACCCGCAGGUGGAUAUGACAAAUUCGGUCGGGGGUUGGAAAGAAAUAGACACAAGCUUCUCAGACGUUGGCGACAUGGAGGAUGAGAUGCCAUCACCAGUAGAUGAGUGCCUGCAGAAACCCCCGGAUGCGGAUUCCCUACGUGAGCUGCAUGAGGCGUUUGUUUCCUUUUGCAAGGAGUACGUUUUAAUGGACACGACAGGCAUGAAAAACCUGCCGUUUUAUGGGGAACUCAAUGUGGGUCCUGACUACGAGCAUUACGAUCGAAGACUAAAACGAAAGAGGCACUGGAUUGCCAUCCGUCAUCGCUUUGAAGAGGUGCGUCGUAUCCUCUGGCCCGACGAGGAAGCUGAGGCGGGGGAGCCCUCGCACGGCGCGCAGCUGAGCGUGAGACAGAUGCUUGACGCGCUUCGGUGGCUUGAGGCUGCUUCAACCUUUUGUGUCCGAAAAGCGCAUCCGGCGGACACGGUGGACGCAGAGGAGUUUUUGCCACUUGACCUUCACCGCGAAGUGGCCAUUGUCGCCCGCCGCGCGCGAGACGAUCCAACGCUUUUUAGUCUUCCCUCAACCGCAUUGGAAUUGUUCGUCACAUGUGCCGCACUUUGUGUCAACCACAAGGUGCCUUUUUCUCUGUUUUUUGCGUCGGGCGACAGCGGCACUGACGGCGUCGCCGUGGGCGAUGGAAGGUGCAUCCUCACGAAUGUGCCAUUUGUUUACACAACACUUGGGGCCAUUCGCAUCAUGAGCAUACUUGGCGCUGACAGCAAUGCAUAUGUAUUCUCCAAUUCGGCCGGGGCAGUUGAGCGACGCGGCAGCUUGCAGGGGCUCUCACGAUUGAUGAGUGUCGAGGCGUUUGGAGGAAAAGAUGCGUUGGAAAAUGUGGGGGAGGAAGAGAUAUGCACCAUCAUGCGUUUCUGUGUCGAGGUGAAGGAACAGAACGCCGCCUUCUUCGCACGCGACGCCGUCGACAACGAGGAAGAGGCGUCUUUUAAGGCGAGGUACGCACAGGUGUCUCAGGUCGCCUUGGCGCGAUGCAAGUAUCUUCUGUACCGCUUGGACGGUCCCCGAACGCGAGUUAUGAGCGAGGGGGGUUAUAUUCCAGUUGUGGAUCUCCAGCAGCACGCGGAGCGAACGAAUAAAGAGGCUCUCGUUCAUUAUAACUUGGGCAUUCGCAGUGCGCAAGGGCUGCGGCGUGUCGCGUUGGGCGCGCAAUCGUCCGCACAGUUGGCGGAACUUGUUGACAGACUUGAGGCGCCCAACGUCCGUGUCAGCGGAAAUACACUUUUGGUGGAUUUGGUGCAGCACCUGUCGCACAAAGCGGCAGCAGGCAAGGUGUCCUUGACCUUAAAAGAGGUGAACACGCUACUGCCUCUGCUGGCGCGUAUGCGGAGUGAAACAAGGCAGUUAGAUUCCCGUUUUGACAGGCUGUUUAAUGUCUUGGAGACGGCCAUAGGAACCGCCAUGCAGCAAAAUCCCUCCGUGGAAGAAGCUGUGGAGCUCGUGGAGGGUCUUGCUGCCUGCAAUUUUGUGCCAUCCUCCUUUAAACAAGUGGAGAUGGUCUUGAUGCGUUUGAUGAUGACCCAAGCUUGUGGCUUGUCACAGGUAAUAGGCAUUCUCACGUCAUUGUCGUCCUUGCUGAAUUCGGCGGUGUCUCAAGUGUUACUGCAGACCGCGGCUUCUCAUGCCGUAGCUUGCGUCAAGGCAAAAACUAUUAGCAACACUGAGGUGGAUCAACUCGUGGAGUUGCUGGAGGCGCUUGCAUCCUGCCGGUACGCCGCCCUUCCGGGACUGGUCGCACUUUGUCGAGAAGAGUGUUUCUCAUCGGCCCACGCAUUUUCUUUGAACCGACAGUGUGGUUAUGCUUCGCUCCUUGCCUCCGCAUCUGCAGACAUGCAACAUGAAAAUGCGUCCCUCUCCCAACAGCUGGCGGAUGACAGUCGUCGGUACUUCAUUGAAUAUGCUCGAAGAUCACAAGCGGAUGAUCUGGAUCGCUUUGUGGAUUGCGUCAUGGGCUUGGCGGCCGUCGGUUUCGGGGAUGCUGCGGGGGACGAGGAGAUUCGCUCCGCGUUAGUGUCAUUUCUUCGUCGUCCCUGUCUUACUUUGCAACGAUGCGCCGCGAUGCCAACUCUGGCCAUGACCAUUCUAUUGGAGGGUGUCUUGCUGUGGUGCGCUGCGUUACGGGUGUCGGCGACGGAGUUUGUCCGCCCACUUGAAGAGACUUUACUUGUGCGAAUUCGCUCCUCCAGCGAUGCAGGCGUGGCGUUAGAUUCCGCGGAGGAGUUGGCUGAGUCCGUCUGCCGGGUGGUGGGUCUGCAACUCGCGUCGGAGGAUUUGCGGAAGGCGGCGGCGCAAGCACUUGGAAAAGCUAUUCUUUCUGCUGAAGCUGCAGCAGAGGCAUGGAAGCCUGCAGCGCAACAGAAUCGUUCGUUUGAGGUGGUGGCGUUGGCCAAUGCAGAGCGAGAGAGUAAUCACGUGAACACUGUUCUGCGUUAUUGCGCGGCUCUUCAGCAAAGCGGUAUGUCCCAUCAUGUGGAGGGGCUGGUGCUGUAG